CAAACAAACAGACAAGGCAACAGACCAUGGAGCUGGAGGAUUUGGAGCGGUGGUUGGACCUCAAUUUUCAAAUGGCAGGAGCGUGGCUUCCUCUGCACUAAUGCCUCUCCACUUCCUAUAAUAAUGGAGCAUAGGUCGUUGGAUGUUUCCCCAUCUCCCUGCUGCUGCUGCUGGUUCCUCCUCUUGUUGGGUUUUCUUUGCUUCUGCGAGGCCUCUCAAACCUCGCAGGAACAAAGAAACCCAUCCCCAGCAGCUGAAAGAAAGACAUAUCAUAUCAUAAAGCAUUACAAUUACAGAUAUCAAUCAUGGGUGGUCUCCAGUCCUCUGUUAGAGCCAAGAGGCUUUGGAAUGUUCUCAAGGUAACGCUUAUUCUAAUGGCAAGAAAGGGUCUGAUCUCAAAGAGAAGGUUCAUCAUGGACAUGAAUUUGAUGCUGAAGAGAGGGAAGCUGUUCAGAAAAUCUUUCACCAGCUACUUCAUGUUCCAUCACCACCACCACGGUUCCAGUGCUGGAGACAUGACGUGUGGCGGUUUCGGCAUACAGGACUACGAGUUUUCCUGCAGCAACACUCCCAUUAAUCCUGUUUUUUCCCACAUGUCAAAGCGCAGUGCCAAAUACCACGCUUACUUCCCCUGUAUCAACCUUCCUGUGGAGAUGGAAACAAAGCAACAAGAAGAAGAAGAAGAAGGUUCAGACCCAGAAGCCUGGGCGGCGUUUACUUUACUACCCAUGACUCCUGAGAACACAGUAAAUCACUGGAAGUAUAAUGCUUUAAGUCCUGCAAUGGAGGGGGCAAGCCCACUCGUUUCCCCGUUCAACGUACGGAUAUCCAACUAUUCGUCUGAGGAAGAAAAUGAAAUUAGCAGUGAAAGUGGACAAGUGGAUAAUCAGGCUGAGGAAUUCAUUAGAAGGUUCUAUGAACAGCUGAGGACGCAACGACGCCUGCAACUACUGCAAUAUAGUUAAUUUAAGCUAAUUCAUUCCCCUUGCUGUUGUGUGGUUUGAAGAAAUUCUACAUGUUAUUCUUUCAUCAGUUAUGACAAUAUAAUAAAUCUAUGUAGGGAAAAGGAAAAAAGACAGAAGAGGUUGUUUAUGCGUACAACUGAAAGCUGAUUUUCAUGGAUGAGCUCCUUCCCAAUUUGGUUUCAGGAAACUAACAGCACUAAGCUAUGCAUAGAAAUCGAUACAAGAGCCUAAUAUGUUUCUCUACAUUAUUCAAGCAACUCGAACAUACUUAGUAAGUUGAUUGCGCUAAUAAUCGGGUUGACUGUGCCCACACCAACAUUUGAAGGUAGUAUCAGAGGGCACGAUUGGAGGUUACUUGCAACAACAAAGAGGUGCAGACACUAGACAUGGAAUAUUAGUUCCAAGUCUUAAAUUUGGCAGAGUUUCAAUAUAAUAGAAAAAGUACCUCUCUCUCUUUUCUUUCAUGUACAUCUAUCUUCUAAUAUCAGAGAGGAGAUGAUUAGGAUCACACUAGCCAAUUGUUAUUUGUCACAUAGCUUGAUGAAAGUUAUUCCUCACAACUCAACUAUGAUUUGUUAGAAUGUAAGCGAGUCAUGUGCACUACUUGAGACUUGCUAUGACAUUGUUAGUGGGUAGAGGAUAGGUUGGCGCAAUGGAAUAUGAUGGCACAUAAACUAUUUAC